AAAACUCCGUUUUACUGUGAAUUAUCUUUGCUUGCCGUUUGAAACAACAACAACAAACAACAAACAACGAAGUUACAAAAGUGCAAAUCGAGCUCUUUGCAUGAUGUUGGUCGCCUGUGUUUGGUCUUUGUAGGAUUUGCAUGUGGUUGUGUUCUGGGAAUUCCAUGCUAUCUCUGUAAGCUUCUUUCUGGGGACUUGGCAAAUGUGCAAGACAAUCAACGUGCGUGCACUGCGUGGCUAUGUAUUGGGUUUUGGAAUAGAGAUUUGCUCUGGGAUUUUCAGAAAUGUUUGAUUGGAACGACGAAGAGCUUUCAAAUAUAAUAUGGGAUGAGGGUGCUGAGAGUGGUGACCAUAUUGUGCCUUAUCCUGAGGCAAGUGAAGAUUAUUGCAACAAGAAAGAAUGGAACCAAGAUGCUGCUAACAUCAAGCCUACUGAGCAGAGGAAAGCUGGGUCUAAAAUUGGUUUACAUGGCAGGAAGCUGGAGAGCAGUUCUGACCUUGACACCAAUGAAGAUAUUACUACUUCAGGAUUUGGCAUGGAUUCAUGGCCUGAUUUGUCCUUAUCCAAUGCUGCCAAAACUGAUCAGGAUUCCAUGGGUACUGAAGUAUCUAACGACUUGACUGAAAGUGGAAAAUAUAAUUCAGGAAGAGAGGCGGCUCAACUUGAUAAAGAUGCUGAAAUUUUUCAAAAUACCCAUGAAGGUAAAGAACAAGGUGAUUUGGUUGACUAUGACUGGGUUAACAUUGGAAGCUUUGACGAUUUCGAUCGAAUUUUUAGCAAUGAAGAUCCAAUUUUUGGCAAUGUGAGUCUUGGUAGUGCUGAUGAGCUAUGGUCUUCUUCUAAAGAUGUAGCUAACAGCCCAGUAAAAACUUUCCCCACAUCUGCGGAUUCACCAAAUCCGGUGUCAGGAGGACUAAGGAAUGCAUCUGAGCAAUUGGAAAAUAAAACAGAAUAUUUGCGACACAAUGACCUGUCAUAUACUAUUGGCCAUGGGAAAAUCAAAGAUCUGGCACUUCAUGAUAUGCAGAAUGCACGUGCAAUCUCAGAUCAUGUGGAAUAUGCUGGAGGUAAACGUAAGCCAAUAGAUAAGGAGAAGACAGAUAUCGACAUGGUAAGGAAGACCUCUGCAGCGACCUCUCGACCAGCUGUUGAAAAUGUUGUGAACACCAAUGAGUUUAUAGAUAAGGCUUCUAAGCAAACAAGAGGGUUGAAAAGUCGGAGAAAAUCAGAGGUGAAGAGUGAGGGGAAGACAUUGCCACAUUUGUAUGGGACCUGGUCUCCAUCGAGAAACCCGUCUAGACAAUUUGAGAACCAAUUGGCUCCCCCCAUGCUACAAUCUCCUCCCUCUUCAAUGCUCAAUCAACAUAGGCAGAUUCCAGGACCCGAGUCUUUGCAAUAUCAGCAUGUUGCCAAUCCAUUUGUGGCUCCAGCGGCAUACGGGAAUCUCACAAAUCCAUACCCAGCCAUGCCUGUGCUUGCCCACAUUCAGUUUGCUGAGCCUAAGCAUCAACCUUUGCUUUCUGCUCAUGAAGGUUAUCCAGGUGGUGCAAAUCCUGUUAGCAAGUCAGUGAAAACCCCUGUGCAACCUCUGACCAUGACACCUCAGGAAAAAAUUGAAAAAUUAAGGAGGCGGCAGCAAAUGCAGGCAAUGUUUGCCAUUCAGAAACAACAGCAACAAUUCAGUCAUCAAGUCCCAUCUAGCAAUCAUUCCAUCACUCAAAUAUGUCCUCCAGAUAGCCAAAAUCAGCACUUUGAGGAAGCUGAUCUUGAAGUUGAAGAUAUAAACACUCUCCCUUCUCUGGAUCCUAACUCACCUAUUGAACAAGAUGAUUCCGAUACAGUCCCUGUGGCAGUUGAUUAUUCAGUGGAGGACACAAUACUUUACAGGCUUCAAGAUAUUACUUCAAAGUUGGACAUGAAAUUAAGACUUUGUAUACGGGAUAGCUUGUUCCGGUUGGCUCAAAGUGCAAUGCAAAGGCAUUAUGCUAGUGAUACAAGCAGUACCAACAAAAGUAGCUGGGGUGAACAUGAAGUCAUUGCAAAAGAAGAAAUCAAUGGUUGUAACAGGUAUUCAGGGAUGCCUGACAUAGAAACAGAUACCAAUCCCAUAGACCGAACUGUGGCUCAUUUGCUCUUUCAUAGGCCUUUGGAGUUCCCAGGAAAACAUCCUGAUACCCCUGAAUCACCUAUUUCCGCAAAGCUUCCAUGUGAACGCAGAGCAGCAGGCUUAGCAAACUUGCCAAUGGUGGGGUGCUUGCCAGAGAGUACAAAGAGUAUACAAAACUUUCCCCACCAGGAAUCUAAGAUUUCUUGCCCAUUGGCUGAGCCCCAACAUGCGGAUCAAUUUAAGAGCGGUCCUUGCAUAGACACUUCAAAGAAUGCUUCAAACAAUGAGCCUGCAGAUGGUGGAGCUAUGGCGGUGGAAGCCUCUAAAUGAAUGGAGAAAUUUUUUAGAGUUCUAUUAGGCCUACUGGAUCUUUAUCAAGUGUGGAUCAUGGAACCUCAAACAUCAUUAUAAUGGAAGACCCUAGAAAAAUUGCGCCUGUGCAUGUUUCAAGUAGUAUGUUCAAUAUAACUAUGUAUCUCUGUUUCAAGGUUGACUGGUCUGUAUCCUUAUGGUGAUGAAUGUCGAGUGUAUGAUUUAAUAUGUAUUGUGUCUGAUGCGUGAAAUAGUGAUCCUACUUAAUAAUUUUUAGUCUUGGCAGAUACAUACAUGCCAAUUCUGUGAGGAUGGCCACUAACUAAUUAUUCUGAAAACUUCAUUAUGAAAUUGGUGUGCUGUCUGCUUAUCUUAAAAAUAGUCUCUUAUGAUAA